AUGAAUGAUUUAUUGGAAGAGAGAGGAAAAACAAUCAACAAAAUAUUGAAAUAUAUGACAGAAAAUAAUUAUCUGGACGAAGAACUGUAUCUUUCGCUCAAGGUGCAAGAACUGGCAAAGAAUGUAUCGUGCGAUCGAGAGUUUGAUCUGGAACAACUCAAGAAAGGGGUGAAGCAGUCGAAAGAGUACGAAGAUCUAUUUGAAAACGAUAACAUUGUCGUGCAAAACGUUAAAACAGGUGAUAUGUGCUGUUUGACACAGAUGAAAAUCCGUGAGCGAUGGGAGAGUGUCUGCGGACAUGCUAUGGAACGAAAUGCAGUUUUAGGUUACAUGAAGAAGGACAAGAAUGCCAGGUGUCCUGUAAUAGGAUGCAAUAUGGUAUUAAGGGAAAGACGUGGUAAAUAGCAGGUAUAGUACAACUUUAUAAGUGCUGGUCAUCGUUGUUUGGAGGGAAUUUGUUUGUUAUUGAUAAAUGUCAUUUUUUUUGAACUGAGUUUGCAAUUUAGACUUAACUCUGUGUUUGUAAGAAAUGAUACUUGAUGCAAGGCACUGAGAAUGUUGCAGUGGUUAAUAACUUUUCUUGUUAAAGAUUGGAGUAAAUCAGAA